AUGCGGUUCAAAAGACUAAAGCAGAGGUUGGGCAUCAGCACCUCCAAGCAAAAUGUCAUUCAGCAAAAUGUCAUUCAGACAGGCGGCACCACUGCCCGACCAGCCCAGACAGGCAAAAUUGAAGCUAGCUCUACGAGUCGAGUUGCCUUGGUGGAUCAGCUGGAACAACCGCCGUCGAGUUUCGACGACAAUGAUGUGCCGAUCCGUGACCUAUGGAAUCUGGCAUAUGACAAAUUACGCAAAGAAGAUGAACAACUCAUUAAAAACUAUGAGGCUAAGAUUCAAAAGAACUUGAGCGCUGUUAAUGGCCAUGUAAUCGACUCAAAGACCAGCAUAAGAGAUCAGAUGGACAUUGUUCUCCGCAACAAAAUGAACGAGGUCAACCAUAACUCAUGGGAAAUUAGGUUCGGGAGCUCUGAAGUUCAAGUGAAGGACUUGGCGCAGCCAUUCUUGGGCGUCAUCAACUGGGCCAAUGAGUAUAUCACUGGCGCUCUGACGCUAAAUCCGUGCGCCUCAAUGGCUUGGGCAGGCAUCAGUUUACUUCUACCACUCUUCCUGAAUCACUCCAAGCAAGCUGCUUCUCUGGCGAAGGGCCUGCAAGAUAUAUCGUCCCUACUCGUCCAGAGCCGUAUGCGGGAGGAUCUCUACGUGAGGCGGUACGAGGCGAAGGCUCAAACUGGCAAACAAGAACCGUCUGCAUUGCCCCACCAAGAAUAUAAAAACAGCUUGGAGGUGCUAUAUAGAGAGAUUUUGCGAUUCCAGGCAAUGAGCUACUGCUAUUAUACCAGUAUUGAUGCCUUCCGACUGGGGCGAGACGUCGUCAAAUGGGAUGAUUGGGACAAACUGCUAGGCCAGAUCCACAACCAGGAGCGCAGAUUCGCCGCUAUUGAAGCACUCUGGCGGGAUUCCAGGUACGACGAGGAGUGCUCAGAAGUUAAGAAACGGCACCAGGAAUCUUUGCAUAAGUUGGGUGAGAUUAGCACGGAUCUCUCGAGCAUGCGCAAUGCUCAAGUUGAGAGAAAUCGCCAGGAGCUGCUGGAUUGGCUUAGCGAUGUUGAUCCUUCUGAAAUAUACAAUACUGCUCGCGACAAGCAUGGAGCUGGUACAGGCGAGUGGCUGACAAUGGAGAGCGAGGAGUUUAAAGCUUGGAAAGAGUCUCCUUCUUCACUUCUAUGGCUUCACGGAAAAGCCGGCUCUGGAAAGUCAGUUCUGAGCUCAGUCGUCAUCAAACACCUACAAGAUGCGUACGCGUCCGAUUCCUUAACGGCGCUCGCAUACUUUUUCUUCAGCUUUAGCGACUCAGAGAAGCAGAACGUAAACCAGAUGCUUGCGUCUCUGGUUAAACAGCUCUGCUCGCGACGACCCGACACUCCCCAGCCAAUCAAAAGCCUAAGCGAGUACAAGGAGAAGGGCCAACGCCCAGAUACGAAGACCCUUGGGGCCAUACUGACAACUGUCGCAAGAGGUUUCUCAGCCGUUUACAUUACCAUUGACGCUCUAGAUGAAUGCCCACUUCUAUAUGGAGAACGGAGAAUGCUUUUCAGCAGCUUGCGUCAAAUCAUGGCUGCUGCGCCUGCUAAUGUCCAUAUGUUUUGUACGAGCCGGAGGGAGGCAGACAUUGAUUCAGCAAUGGGAACUCUCCUGCCCUCGCCUUUACAGGUUACUAUGAUCGAUUUGACUAUUCGGCGGAAUGUUGUCGAUCACGACAUUGGCUUAUUCAUCGAUUCGACACUGACAUCUGACGAAUACGGCUCAUGGCCAGAGACCAUCAGAGCGGAGGCGAGAGAGUCGUUGAUUGAGAAGGCAGACGGCAUGUUUCAAUACAUCUUCUUCCAGCUCGAAACUCUUCGGCGACUCUCCUCCGCUCACUUGAUCCACGAGGCACUCCAGAACUUACCUCUUGGUCUCGACGCAACGUACGACCGACUGCUUCUGGGCCUGGAUGUAGAAUUCAGGUCCCAUGUCAUCAAUUGCUUGAAGUGGCUCGCUUUCUCAAAUGGAGUCCUUGGGUUGAAGCAACUAGCUGAAAUAUUCAUUCUUCGCCCCAGGCACGCCCUUGCCUUGGAUGAUUCGGAGCGGCUUUUUAAGCCCAAGGACGUUCUGAAGUACUUAUCUGGGCUGGUCGUUGUUUUUCAGGAAGAACGAGGCCGUUAUAAGAAGGAUACAUGCAUUCGACUAGCUCACUUCUCAGUCAAGGAGUAUUUGAUAUCCAGUCGCAUAUGUGAAGGACCCGCCAAGGCCUUUGCGAUUAGCGAAGCAGACGCUCAUCUGCACAUCGCCCACUGCUGCCUGGCUUACCACCUACAACGCAGCGCUAUGGCCGAGGACGACUUUGAUCUACAGUUGAGUGAAUAUGCAGCCGUCCAGUGGCCAUGGCAUCUCGAGAUGGUGCCGCGCACAUCUUGGCCAGCUGAGGUAACACAGGCCGCAAGACAAGCCCUCGCGAUUAGAAGUCCAAGGCUAGACCACCAGCUUAGAGAGAAAUGGCCUCCAGGGAGCAUGCUGCUCUACCACGACGAUAAAUCCAUGCACCUGCGGCUACGACCGCAGUGCUAUACCGCGCGGUUUGGCUUCACGCAGCUUACCGAGAUGCUGCUCUCGCGAGAGACUGCAGUAAAUAAAUAUCUAACACAAGGGGAUCUCAAUGCAGCGCUCCACGAUGCGGCAUAUGGAGGGAGCAUUGCAGCGGUCGAAUUAUGCCUCAGGAAAGGUGCCGACGUCAAUUCGAAGAGUGAGGUCUUUGGAGACGCCCUGCAGGCAGCGGCCUUUGGUGGGCAUAUCGAGAUUGUGAAACUCUUACUGGAUAGCCGUGCAGACAUAAACGCGCAGCGUGGUGGGUGGGGCUCGCCUCUCCAAGCUGCUGCGGAAGCCAGCCAGCUCGAUGUCUUAAAGCUUCUUGUUAGCCGUGAGGCCGAUAUUGACCUUCCAUCGAACGAGUCUGGUUGUGUUCUGACAUCCACCAUCCAUAAGUAUAAUGGUGGUUCGUCUUCGGAAUGCUUGUUGUACCUUCUAGAGGCCGGUGCUGAUAUAAACAGGCGGGGCGGCGGCAUCCAUGGGACAGCGCUCCACAAGGCGGCGAUGAACAUGAGAAGGGAUGAUGCCAAGAAACUUUUUCAUCUUCUGCUUGAAAGAGACGCGGACGUGAACUUACCGGGUGGAAAAUACGGCUACCCUCUCCAGGCAGCGUGCGCGAGCGGCGGCAGCUGCCUGGAGGAGAUCAAGCUCCUGCUGGACAGAGGCGCUGAUGUAAACGCGGAAGGAGGUUACUUUGGGACAGCAUUGCAAGCCGCUUGCUCGGAGGGAAGAUACGAACCCAUUGUGCAUUUGCUCUUGGAUAAGGGCGCUGACGUGAAUAGCCGCGGAGGAGAGUAUGGCAGCCCCUUGAAUGCAGCGUGUCUCUUCAUCCGGUGGGAAGUGCCCCUACCAUACGAUGAGAGGAAUACUACCUGGAUUGAUUGGGAACAACUGCCACUCAUAAGACAGCUGUUGGGCAGAGGCGUCGAGUUGAACGAACCAUGUGGACGCGGCGGCACGGCGCUGCAAGCAGCUUGUGAAGGCAGCUUCUUCGAAGUGGUUCGCGAGUUGCUUGAUCGAGGGGCUGAGGUGAAUGUGCAGGGAGGCAAGUACGGAACUGCGCUCCAGGCGGCUUGUGUCGGCAAGUAUAAAGAUAGAGUUGGUAUAUUCAGGCUUCUGCUUGAGCAUGGCGCUGAUGCCCACGCGCAGGGCGGCUUCUUCGGCAGCAUCUGGCACGCCGCCGCGGCGCAGCUCAACCGCGAUUUCGCCCCAGUGCUGCAGCAGUUGCUGGACCUUGGUGCUGACAUAAACGAUGCGCGCGGGAAGCAGCAUCCCACCGCUCUGCACGCUGCCCUUGGCAGAGUGCUCCAGAAGGAGUCACUGGGGGCGAGAUGGGUUGCCCAUCCAGAAGUAGAAGAAUCGAUCGACCGGAUCCGCUUCUUGAUCGAUCACGGCGCCGACGUCAACCUGGUGGCCGGGAUAUACGGCUCCCCGCUCCAGUUGGCAUGCGCGAUGGAAGCCGAGGCCAAUUGCGAUUGGUACAAUAGCUUUAAUGAUGGCUACGAAGACCAAGCUAUACAUUUCCUCAAGAAUAGCCCCAAUCUCGACUUCAACAUACAAGGCGGAGUAUUCGGGUCAGCCUUGCAAGCAGCGACGUGGACGGGCAAAUCAGAAGUGGUGAGAAUACUGCUUCACAAAGGAGCUGAUGUCAAUCCUCGCAACGGGAAGUACCGCAGCCCGUUGAAUGCGGCCGUCUUUAGGGGUCAUUGGGACAUUGUCGAAAUGCUUCUUGAUCAUGGGGCUAGUCCGGACUGCUACCAUUCUCAGGAGGUCGACAAGGCUUGGCUUCAGCAAGUUGAGAAGGAAUGUGGUGAAGAGGCGGUAGAAAGAUAUCAGCUGUUUUGGGCCGACCAGAAGAGUCAAUGUGCCUCCUCUGUCUAG